AUGGUGAACAGGAUAGUCGGCACUAUGGAGGACAAAACAAACAAAUGUUUUCCUACUUAUACAUUAUACGUUAUAACGCUGUCACGUUCUCGCUACAACGUUAAAGAAACAACUUCAAACCUUUACACAGCAGCUAAAGAAGAAAAAGACGACGCGCGCGUACUGGCAUCAAAGCCGGUGCCCCUGGUGCCACGGCAUCAUGUUUACCGUCGGCUGCCGGCUACUCGGCGCCGCGCCAUUUCUACAACCAAAAUUUACCUAAAAUGCGGACCCCUGAAAGGGGUGCACUGCUUCAUGUUGUUAAACAACGACACAGUCGCUGUGACUGCCUUCAUCCUGGCAACAGUGUUAAUUGUCCUCAGAAGAUCCCUUCGCAAGAUGGUGAUCCUGUGCAUCAUCUUCCCAAGCAUGCCGAUGCUGACCCUGAUUGCCAUCAAUAGUCUUCGUCCCGGGGCCGAGCUGCUGCUGAGCUUGGUGGCGAUUUCAACCAUCAGCUUCUUGCGACGCAAGUUUUUCUACAACUAGAAGAAAGCCGCAUAAAAAUGCCGACGUUUAUUUACUAUUUACAAGACAUGCAGUAGGAAGAAAAAAUACUGCACAAACAAUACAUAUUGUCAAAAUUAACAGAAAUGAACACUUAUGCUACUUAAAAGAUCUCAACGUGAUUCAUUGUCUUUUU